CCCGGGCUGGACGGAGGGGAAAGUAGAGGCAUACUGACAGAGACAAGAUGACUUUUUCUAAAGUGGUGCUGUCUUUCAGAGUAGAAGGAGCAGAAUCUUAAAGUGAGCACUCAGAAGAAAUGGAGGAAGACUACUGCAGGACUAUUCGUCCGAUGUUUAUUCUGCGUGUGGCUCUUCCUGGUGUAACAGAGGAGUUGUGGACGGAGGAGAAUGAGACAGCUUUGGAUCAGUUUAUACUUGACCCCACAAUCGAAGCCAUGGUUGUGUAUCUGGACUCUGACUCUAGACUGAUGGUGGAGUUCUCUGUUUCUGUGCAGGUGGCAGGGCAGCUGUUCUUUUUUAUCCGUGUGCCAGGAGCAAUUAUCACAGCAGAGACUUUUGAGACGGCUGUCAGAUUUGGCUCAGUGCAGGGCUACGCCAUCCAGAGGCUGCUCCAUGACAUUUCCUGUUCUCACGCUCCCUCUCUGGCCCUCACUACCUACCAGAGGGGCAUCAAAGAGGACUAUAUGAACAACAUGCACUGUUACCUCUCUGUCCUCACAGAUGAUGUGUAUAAGAAGCUGGGCAAAACAGUGCUAUACAUCCCAAUGGAAGGCCUACAGAGCAGCCCUGAGGAGGCCAGGAAGGACAGGGGGCUUGUGCAAAGAAUGGAGACCGCUGUAAUCUACUGGACGGAUCAGAUCAAGGAGGUGCUGAAUGACCAAGAAGUCAAAGAGACGGGGGACACUUGUGGCCCGCUGCAGGAGAUAGAAUUCUGGAAGAGUCACUCAGUUAAGCUGUUGGACAUCAGCCACCAGCUGCAGAACCCAAAAGUUAAGCACAUCCAGAAGAUACUGCAGCUCUCAAAGUCUCUUUAUGAACAACGCUUUAGCAGACUGUCCACAGAGAUUCAGGAAAGCUCAGUUCAAGCUAGAUCAAACCUGACCUAUCUGUCCAUAGUGAAGCAGCCCUUUGAAGAGCUAGCCACACUCAAGCCUAAUCAAGUUUCUUCCAAACUGGGCCACAUUGUAAGCCUAAUCCGCAUCAUUUGGAUGAAAUCCCCCUACUACAACAGUCGUGAGAGGAUCACUGGCCUCUUCCGGAAGAUGAGUAACGAGGUCAUCAACCUGUGCUUCAGAAGUAUCUCUCUGGACAGGAUCUUUGAGGGUUUUGUGCUAUCCAGCAAGAAAAGCCUAAAUGACUGCAUCCAGUGCCUCCUGUCCUGGGAGGAAAUUUACCAGAAAGCCUCUCUUGUUCAUAUCAAGCUUUCAUCAAAGGGAUGGCUGGUGCACGAGAAGAGCAUCUUUGUGGUCAUUGAUGCUGUCAUUCAGAGGUUUAAAGACCUGAUUGAGGUCUGUGACUGCCAGCACCAGUUUGCCCGCUGGGAGGAUGGUCAGCAGAGGGCUCUGCCAUGCUUUAGUGGUGUACAAGGACCAGACUUCACCCGGUCCCUCCUGGAGCUAGAGGGCAUUUUGCACGGCAGCCUACAGAACCUGCGCUCUGUCACUGAGAACAUGUUUGAUGUUGAGAGCCCCGUUUGGUUCAGAGAGUUUAACAGAUUUCGUACAGCAAUAAAGGAUCUGGAAAUAAAGGUGCAGCACUUGAUCAAUUCAGUGUUUAGGACGGUGAACACAGUUGAGGAGGGAGUUCGGCUUCUGGCUAUUUUUAGACCCAUGUCUACUCGAGAGGCUAUUAAACGCACUACGGACGAGAAGGUUGAGGAAGUGUAUAAUAUCUUUAACAUGGAGCUUAAAAAAAUCAAAAAGGCGUUUUACCAGCAGGCAGCGGUUUCUCCUGACCAUAUACCCCACAUAUCAGGUCAGGCCCACUGGGUGAGGGCCCUCAAACAUCGCCUACAGAGACCCAUGGAGUUCCUUCAAAUUGCCCAUUUUAUGCAUGAAUCAUUCAGUCAAAGGCAGGCUAGUUUUGACUUUGGCCAAAUGGUCCAGGUUUUGGACGAAACAGCCAGAAAGUAUUUCAGCAUGUGGAACCAGAAGCUGGAUGGUCAAUCCAUACAGAGGCUUGAGCAGCCCCUCAUGGUGCGCUGCAAGGACAAGACUGCCAAGCUGGACGUCAAUUUUGACAAAAACUUGUUGAGCCUGUUCUCUGAGUUCCAGUACUGGGACCGUAUGAAGUUUGAGGUCCCACAGAGUGUGUCUGACAUUUGUCAAGACAGAGAGGACUUCAGGGCCCUGAGAGAGGGAACACUGCUGCUGAUCCGGGACUAUAACAGGAUCAUUGACAUGCUGUCUGCUGAUGAGCUGGGUCUGUUUCGGGAGCGUAUUCGUCUCUUGGAUAAGAAGAUUAAGCCUGGUUUGACAAGGCUCCUGUGGCUGUCAAAGGGAGCAUCACACAUCUUCACCAGAGAGUGCCUCCUACACAUCAACAAGGCCCAGCUGGUAGUGAAUGAAUUCAAGGAAUCCAAUCUCUCCAUCUCCAACCUCUGUCUCCAGAUGAGUGAAACAUUACUGGUUAAACUGGAUGGAAAGAAUGUGUACAGGGACCUGCAGUUUGAGGAUGACCAGAAGGCUCACCAGCAAAGCCAACUCCAGUCACUGCUCUCAGCACACCAGGAUAUUGUUGCUAUCAUGACCCGCAUUUACAGUAUCUUCUCUAAUGAGGGAUCUGAGGUCCAGGAGCACUGGGAACAGUACACAAAGAAGGUAGACGGCAUGAUAGAGGAAGCCCUUAGAAGUAAUAUCAAGCAGUCCAUGAAGAAACUAUCCAGGGUCAUCAAUGGAGACAGCAAGACAUCCCCUGAACCCCUGUUCAAAGUCCUGGUAGUACUGCACCAGGCAUCAUCAGAAUCCCCACCACAGUUGGGGUUCUCUCCUGCACUUGCAAAGCUUGCUCAGCAAGUGAACAUUUUACCCCAGCUCAUAAACACCACCUUAGGAAUCAAGCGUCUGCCUGAACUUCUCUCUGGCAAACAGUUCCAGAGGAAUCCUAUUCACAUAAACCUGGAACAAGAUGAGGAGAUUCAAAAGAUUCAGGCUGCCAUUUCAACAGGGAUGACAGCAAAUGCAAGUCACCUCCAAGCCUAUCUGAAGACCUGGGACAAAUACAGGGACAUCUGGCAGACCAACAAGGACGCUGUCAUACAACGCUACCAGAGACAAAACCCAGGAGUCACUGCUUUUGAUGCAGAUAUUCUAAGAUACACAGAAGAAGCCAACAAUAUUGAACAGGAAAAUACUGUGGCUGAAAUUGGCUUUGUCACACUGGAUUGUUCACCGCUCAAGUCCUCCUUGGUGCAGCACUGCAGUGAUUGGCAGACAAAAUUCACUCAGCUGCUUAACCUGAUGGCGAGCAGCCGCCUUACAGAACUCCACGACUCUUUGCAAGACAACGCCAGAAGGCUUACUCAACCCCCCCAGACACUGGCAGAGCUCGGGGAGAGCUUGAAGCUCUUGGAAAGUCUUCAGAGCAAUCUGCCCAGAACAGAGGCUGAGAUUCCUCUCAUCCAUGAUCAGUUUGCUAUUCUUGAUAAAUAUGAAGUCCCCAUGGAAGCAGCUGUGCAGAAUAUGCGUGAAGUGCUGAAUGAAGAGUGGGUGUGGUUCCAGGGAGUGUUGAUUGAUAGUGAGAUCACGCUCCAAAAGCACAAGGAAAAGUUUAAGAACAGCCUCAUCGUCUCCUCUGACGAGUUAAAGAAGAAGGUCCAGGCAAUGAUCCAAGAGUUCAACAGCACAGGUCCAUUUAACAGUGCACUCAGCACUAAGAAGGCCCUGGACCAAAUAUCAGAGCAUCAUAGCCAACUGGAGGCUCUCAAACAGGAAGAAACCACCAUCAUUGAUGGCCUGGGCUUCUUUAAGACAGAGCAACCCCCCAACAAAAGCAUCCGUGCCCUGGAGAAGGACAUAAACCAGCUACAGGAGGUUUGGGAGAUCACACAGGAAUGGAAUACCGUGUGGAACACCUGGAAGGUCGGCCAGUUUGCUACACUGCAGACAGAAAGCAUGGAGAGCACGGCGCAGGACAUGUUCAAGAAACUGCAUAAGCUGCAAAGAGAGCUAAAGGAUAAAGACUGGGACAUCGUACAUUUCUCAAAGAGCAGGAUGGAGCAGUUCAGGCGGACUAUCCCUCUCAUUGGAGAUCUGAGAAACCCAGCUAUGAGGGACAGGCACUGGAAGCAGAUAUGUGAAGAGAUGCAGUGCUAUUUUGACCACACCAGCGCUGAAUUUACCCUGGAGAAGAUGAUUUCUCAGGGCCUGGACAAGUAUGCUGAAAAGAUCUGUGAGAUCUCUGGAGCCGCAAGCAAGGAACUUUCCAUCGAGCAGGGUCUGGAGGACAUCAGCAAGACCUGGAAGGAUACAUUGCUGGACAUAGUUCCUUACAAAGACCAAGGCCACUACCGGCUGAGGAACACUGAGGAGGUUUUCCAGGCCCUGGAGGACAAUCAGGUUAUUCUCUCAACAAUGAAAGCUUCUCGGUUUGUGAAAGCCUUUGAGCAGGACGUGGACCGCUGGGAACGGAGUCUGUCGCUGAUCCUGGAGGUCAUAGAGAUGAUUCUGACUGUGCAGCGUCAGUGGAUUUAUCUGGAGAAUAUCUUCCAAGGAAAAGACAUCAGGGAGCAGCUACCCAAUGAGUGCAGGCAGUUUGAGGACAUCAGCUGUAGCUGGGAGACCAUCAUGGGACGGCUUUUCAAGCAGGACAAUGCUCUGGAGGGGACCCACCACCCAGGCUUGCUUGGAAAGCUGACAGAGAUGAGUGUGGAGCUGGAGGAGAUCCAGAAAGCCCUGGACAUGUAUCUGGAGACCAAAAGACAGAUCUUCCCCAGAUUCUACUUCCUGUCUAAUGAUGACGUGCUGGAGAUUCUGGGGCAGUCUCAGAACCCAGAGGCCAUGCAACCCCACCUGAAGAAAUGUUUCGAUAACAUCAAGAGCCUGAGCAUUGAGAAGGUAUGAGCGUGUAAAAAAUCAAAGGCCCACGGCAUGUUCUCUGCUGACGGGGAGUUUGUAGAGUUCUUUGGUACUGUGAAGCUGGACAAACCUGUGGAGGUGUGGCUGUGUGACGUUGAAGCAGCGAUGCGUUGUACACUGAAGAACUCUCUCAUCCACUGCUUCGACGCUUUGAAGGGCUUGAAGGGACAGAGAGACAAGUGGGUCAAAGAAUGGCCAGGACAGAUGCUCAUCACAGCGAGUCAGAUCCAGUGGACCACUGAUGUAACAAAAUCUCUCAUUACCAGCAAGGAGAAAUCUGGGAAGUCUUCUCUGAAGUCGAUGAAGAAGAAACAGGUGUCCAAGCUGCAGAAGUAUUCAGAAACCAUCCGUGGAAACCUUUCAAAGGUGCUGCGUCUUAAAAUCGUAGCUCUGGUCACCGUGGAGGUUCAUGCGCGGGAUGUUAUUGAUAAGCUCGCCAAAGCGGGCUGCAAUGAUGUCAACGCCUUUGAAUGGCUGUGUCAGCUGAGGCUGUACUUGGACAAGGAUGUGAGAAACUGCAUAAUCCGGCAGACCAACACUCGUUUCGAGUACGGAUACGAGUACCUGGGCAACUCUGGACGCCUGGUCAUCACCCCGCUCACUGACAGGUGUUACAUGACCCUGACAACAGCGCUCCACCUCCAUCGGGGGGGCUCGCCUAAAGGCCCAGCGGGGACCGGAAAGACGGAGACGACGAAGGACUUAGGCAAAGCUCUGGGCAUGUAUGUAAUUGUGGUCAACUGUUCUGAAGGACUAGACUACAAGUCUAUGGGACGCAUGUACUCUGGUCUGGCACAGACAGGAGCAUGGGGCUGCUUCGAUGAGUUCAAUCGCAUCAACAUCGAGGUGUUGUCUGUCGUGGCCCAGCAGAUCCUCUCCAUUCUGUCUGCCCUCUCUGCCAAACAAGUCAAGUUCCACUUUGAUGGACAGCACAUACGUCUGGUCCCGUCGUGCGGGAUUUUCAUUACCAUGAACCCUGGUUAUGCCGGUCGGACUGAGCUUCCAGAUAACCUCAAGUCUAUGUUCAGACCUAUCUCCAUGGUGGUGCCAGAUUCCACCCUCAUUGCUGAGAUCAUUCUAUUUGGAGAGGGCUUCAACAACUGCAAGCUCCUGGCUAAGAAAGUGUUCACCCUGUACUCCCUGGCAGUGCAGCAGCUUUCUAAACAGGACCACUAUGAUUUUGGACUGCGGGCCCUGACCUCUUUGCUUCGUUAUGCUGGAAAGAAGCGCAGAUUCUGCCCCAAUGUACCCGAUGAAGAAGUCCUGCUUAUGGCGAUGAAGGACAUGAACAUAGCCAAGCUGUCUUCUUCAGACCUGCCGCUGUUCAACGGGAUUAUCCGGGACUUGUUCCCUGCUGUGGAGACCCCGACUAUAGAUUAUGGCAAACUGAAGGAGGCUAUAGAGGCAGAGCUCCGUCAGAGCGGUUUGCAGGUGACUCCCUUUGCUUUGACAAAAGUCAUCCAACUUUAUGAGACCAAAAACUCCAGACACUCCUCGAUGCUUGUGGGAAAGACGGGCAGUGCUAAGAGUGUUACCUGGAGGAUCCUGCAGUGCGCUCUCACUGCCAUGCAUCACAAGGGUGUACCUGGAUUCCAGCUGGUCCAGGACUAUCCUCUGAACCCCAAGGCAAUGAGUCUAGGAGAGCUGUACGGAGAGAAUGACCUCUCAACCAACGAGUGGACCGAUGGAGUGCUUUCUGCCCUCAUGAGAUCAGCCUGUGCAGAUGAGAAGCCUGAUGAGAAGUGGAUUGUUUUUGAUGGACCUGUUGACACUCUUUGGAUAGAGAGUAUGAACUCUGUUAUGGAUGACAACAAAGUUCUUACUCUCAUCAAUGGAGAACGAAUUUCCAUGCCUGAGCAGGUGUCUUUGCUGUUUGAAGUGGAGAACCUGGCAAUGGCUUCUCCAGCAACGGUGUCCCGCUGUGGGAUGGUCUACAAUGAUUACGCUGCUCUGGGCUGGAUGCCUUUUGUUCAGUCCUGGCUGGACAAACGACACAAGGCUGAAGUGGACCAUUUAAAGCCUUUGUUCCAUAAAUAUGUAGAGAGUGUGCAGACCUUUAAGAAGAACAGCUGUAAAGAACUGAUUCCCAUCACUGAGCUGAACGGAGUCACCUCUCUCUGCCGUCUUUAUGACUCCCUAGCAACAAGCAGCAACGGGGUCAGCACUGCUGACACAGAACACCUGGGCAGGAUGGUGGAGCUGUGGUUCGUCUUCAGCCUGAUCUGGUCUAUGUGUGCCUCUGUUGAUGAGGAUGGACGCAGGAAAAUGGACAGCUUUCUACGGGAUAUGGAGGGAACUUUCCCAAAAAAGGACACAGUUUAUGAGUACUACGUGGAUACCAAGAAUAAGACCUGGGCUUCUUUUGAAGAAAUGCUUCCAAAAGGCUGGAGCUACAAUGCCAACGCUCCUUUCUAUAAGAUCAUGGUUCCCACAGUGGAUACGGUUCGCUACAACUUCCUGGUCAAAGCUCUGGUGUUGGGUCAGUACCCAGUGCUGCUCACUGGACCAGUGGGAACUGGUAAAACCUCAGUGGCCCAGAACAUCCUGCAAGGCUUGGAUAGCAAAUGGACUACACUGACUAUCAACAUGUCUUCUCAGACAACCUCCAAUAACAUCCAAGCCAUCGUGGAAAGCCACGUAGAGAAGAGAACCAAGGGUUUAUUUGUGCCAACAGGUGGGAAGCGUCUUCUCUGCUUCCUGGAUGACCUCAACAUGCCGGCUCAUGACCUCUUUGGCUCACAGCCUCCACUGGAGCUGCUGCGUCUCUGGAUCGACUACGGCUUCUGGUAUGACCGCCAGAAACAGUCUGUUAAGUUUGUCAAGGACAUGUUCUUGUUAGCAUCGAUGGGGCCCCCUGGUGGAGGGAGGACUCACAUUUCUGGACGCUUCCAGAGUCGGUUCAACCUGAUCAACAUGACUUUCCCUAAUGAGUCUCAGAUCAGGAGGAUCUACAGUACCAUGAUCAACCAAAAGCUGCAGGGCUUUAAGGAGAACGUGAAACCUAUCGGAGCGAUUCUGACACAGGCCACUGUGGAACUGUAUUACGCUGUUUCAGCUUGUUUUCUCCCCACUCCAGCCAAGAUACACUACCUCUUCAACCUCAGGGAUAUCUCCAAGGUGUUUCAGGGUCUGCUAAGAGCUCAUCCAGAGUUCCAUGAUAGUAAAAACAACAUCACUCGGCUCUGGAUCCAUGAGUGCUUCAGAGUUUUCUCAGACCGGCUGGUAGAUCACAGUGACAUGGAGGUCUUUAUUUCUUUGCUGAGCGAGAAACUCUCCUCUCUGUUUGACCUCACGUUCCACAACAUCUGCCCCAACAAGCAGCCUCCUAUAUUUGGUGACUUCAUGAGUGAGACUGGGGUGUAUGAAGACCUGCUGGAUGUACAAAGUCUGAAGAAGUUCAUGACAACCCAGCUGGAGGACUACAACAUGAUGCCUGGAGUGGUGCCCAUGAACCUGGUGCUAUUCCGCGACGCCAUUGAACACAUAACUCGUGCCGUACGUGUGAUCAGCCAGCUCAGAGGCAACAUGCUGCUUGUUGGUGUUGGAGGUUCUGGUAGACAGAGCCUGUCCAAGAUGGCUGCCUUCAUCUGUGAGUACCAGGUGUUCCAGGUGGAGGUCACCAAGCAGUACCGCAGACAGGAGUUCAGAGAAGACAUCAAGAAACUGUACCGUUUGACCGGUGUUGACAACAAGCCCACAGUCUUCCUGUUCAACGACACCCAGAUUGUGGAUGAAUCCUUCCUGGAGGAUAUCAACAAUAUUCUGAGCUCAGGAGAGGUGCCGAACCUCUACAAGCAGGAUGAGUUUGUUGAGGUCUGUAACGCCCUGUCAGAGUCAGCCAGGAAAGACAACGUCAUGGAGACUCCUGAGUCCUUGUUUGGCUACCUGAUAGAGCGAGUGAGGAACAACCUGCACAUCGUUCUCUGCAUGAGCCCCGUGGGAGAGCCCUUCAGAAAACGCAUCCUCCAGUACCCAGCUCUGGUAAACUGUGCCUCCAUUGACUGGUUCUGUGAGUGGCCUAAAGACGCCCUGCUGGAGGUGGCUGAGAGGUACCUGGAUGGACUGGACCUAGGCUCUGUGAGUGGGAUCCAGACGAAGGUGGCCAGUAUCUUUGUGACCACACACCAGUCAGUAGCCCAGGUUUCACAGAGGAUGAAGGUGGAGCUGAGGAGGCAUAAUUAUGUGACUCCCACCAACUACCUGGAGCUGGUGUCCGGAUAUAAAAAGCUGUUAGCAGAGAAGCGUAGUGAAUUGGGAGAGCAGGUCAGUAAGCUGCGUAACGGCCUACUCAAGAUCAGCGACACACGGGAGAAGGUGGAGGUCAUGUCUGUGGAGCUGGAGGAGGCCAAGGACCAGGUGGCCGACUUCCAGAUCCAGUGUGAGGAGUACCUAACCGUCAUUGUUCAGCAGAAUCAAGAGGCCAAAAUUCAGCAGCAGACUGUGAGUGCCAGCAGUGAGAAAAUCGCAGCUGAAGAGUUAGAGUGUAAAGCCAUCGCUGAGAAUGCACAGAAAGAGCUGGACGAGGCUCUUCCUGCCCUUGAAGAGGCCAUGAAGGCUCUGGAGUCUCUGAAUAAGAAGGACAUGACAGAGAUCAAGUCAUACGGCCGUCCUCCGGCGCUGGUGGAGACAGUCAUGCAAGCUGUCAUGAUCCUUCUGUGCAAGGAGCCAACGUGGGCCGAGGCCAAGAGACAGCUGGGUGAAGCCAACUUCAUCAAAACAUUAGUGAACUUUGACAAGGACAACAUCUCAGACCGUGUGCUGAAGAAGAUCGGCCAGUAUUGCAAGCUGUCAGAUUUCCAACCAGAGAUCAUUGGCAAAGUGUCAUUGGCUGCCAAGUCGCUCUGUAUGUGGGUCAGAGCCAUGGAGGUUUAUGGGCGUAUCUACAGAGUGGUGCAGCCAAAGCGGGCCCAGCUGAACACUGCUAUGACCCAGCUAGCAGAGAAGCAGGCUGCACUGGCAGAGGCUCAGAGAAAACUCAGUGAAGUGGAGGAAAAGCGGCAGCAGUUAGAAAAGCAGUACAGUGAGAAGUUAGCCAUGAAGGAGGAUCUGAGGAAGAAAUCUGAGGAGAUGGAGGUGAAACUAGACAGAGCUGACAAACUGGUGACUGGACUGGCAGGAGAGAGAGUCCGCUGGGAGGAAAGAGUUGUUGGACUUGAGGAGAACAUGGGAUACCUGGUUGGAGACUGCCUGCUGGCAGCAUCUUUCCUGUCCUACAUGGGACCCUUUCUUUCUAACUAUAGAGACGAGCUGCUUGCCAUCUGGAUGAAGGAGGUAAGGGACUUUGAAAUCCCCUGCACUCCUGGAUUCAGUUUUUCAACUUUCCUGUCCAGACCUACAGCAGUGAGAGACUGGAACAUCCAGGGCCUGCCCUCUGAUGCUUUCUCCACUGAGAACGGAGUUAUAGUCACUCGUGGAAACCGAUGGCCACUGAUGGUGGACCCUCAAGGCCAAGCCCUGAAGUGGAUCAAGAACAUGGAGAGGGAGAGAGGUCUGAAGGUGAUAGACUUCCAGAUGCCAGACUACCUGCGCAUCCUUGAGAACGCCAUCCAGUUUGGAAAUCCUGUUUUACUGCAGAAUGUCCAUGAGGAGUUAGAACCCUCCCUCAACCCAGUCCUUAACAAGUCCUUUACUCGAACAGGUGGCAGACUGCUGCUGAAACUGGGCGAUAAGGAGGUGGAAUAUAAUCCAGAGUUUAGUUUCUACAUCACCACCAAACUGUCAAACCCACACUACACUCCAGAGAUCUUUUCAAAGACGACCAUCGUCAACUUCGCUGUCAAGGAGCAGGGUCUUGAGGCCCAGCUGCUGGGGAUUGUGGUGCGAAAGGAGCGUCCUGAGCUGGAAGAACAGAAAGACUCUUUGGUGAUCAGCAUUGCCUCUGGCAAGAAAAGCCUGCAGGAGCUGGAGGAUGAGAUCCUCAGGCUGCUUAAUGAAGCCACUGGCUCACUCCUGGAUGAUGUGCAGCUGGUGAACACGCUGCAAACAUCUAAAGUCACAGCCACCAAGGUUUCAGAACAGCUGGAGAGCAGCGAACGCACCGAAAUAGAGAUCGACUCUGCUCGAGAGGCCUAUCGCCCAUGUGCCCAGCGAGCCUCCAUCCUCUUCUUCAUUCUCAACGACAUGGGCCGCAUUGACCCCAUGUACCAGUUCUCUCUGGAUGCCUAUAUUAACCUGUUCAACCUCAGCAUCAAAAAAAGCAAGCACAGCCAGAAACUGGAGGAGAGGAUUACACACCUCAAUGACUACCACACCUAUGCAGUUUACAGGUACACCUGCCAAGGUCUGUUUGAGGCCCACAAGCUGCUCUUCAGCUUCCAGAUGUGUGCGAAGAUCCUGGAGGUAGCUGGAAAACUCAACAUGGACGAAUACAACUUCUUCCUACGAGGAGGGCUGGUGCUUGAUAAAGAGGAUCAGAUGGAAAACCCCUGCCCCGGCUGGCUGGCAGACUCCUGCUGGGACAACAUCACAGAGCUGGAUAAGCUUCCAAAUUUCCACGGCAUCAUGACCUCCUUUGAACAGUAUCCUCGAGACUGGAAUCAGUGGUUCACCAGCGCUGAGCCGGAGAGCGCCUCACUGCCAGCUGACUGGGAGAAUAACUGUAAUGAGCUGCAGAAGAUGCUGGUUGUGCGGUCUUUGCGUCAGGACCGGGUCUCUCUGUGCGUGACGACCUUCAUCGUUAAGAACCUCGGCUCUCGCUUUGUGGAACCGCCUGUUCUGGACAUGAAGGCUGUUGUGGAGGAAUCCAACUGCAUAACUCCUCUGAUCUUUGUCCUGUCUCCUGGUGUGGACCCUACAGGGGCCCUGCUGCAGCUCGCUGAGGCCUCUGGCAUGAGUAACGCUUUCCACGCUCUGUCUCUGGGCCAGGGGCAGGCGCCGAUAGCCAAGAGCAUGAUCCAGGAGGGUGUCCAGAACGGUCACUGGGUGUUUCUUGCCAACUGCCACCUGUCCCUCUCAUGGAUGCCUGAGUUGGACAAACUAGUGGAGCAGCUUCAGGUGCAAGAGCCCAACAAGAACUUCAGACUGUGGCUCAGCUCCUCUCCACACCCAGGGUUUCCUAUCACCAUUUUACAGGCCGGCAUCAAGAUGACGACUGAACCUCCAAAGGGUGUUAAAGCCAACAUGAAGCGUCUGUACCAGCUGGUGUCUGAGGAUCAGUUCAACCGCUGCUUGAAGCCUGUCCCGUACAGGAAGCUGCUCUUCUCUCUCUGCUUUUUUCACAGCAUUCUGCUGGAGAGGAAGAAGUUUCUACAGCUGGGCUGGAACAUCGUCUAUGGCUUCAAUGAUUCUGACUUUGAGGUGAGUGAGAGUCUGUUGAGUCUGUACCUGGAUGAGUAUGAGGAGAUUCCAUGGGAUGCUCUGAAGUAUCUGAUCGCUGGGGUCAACUACGGAGGUCAUGUGACUGACGACUGGGACAGGCGUCUUCUCACAACAUACAUCAAUGGCUACUUCUGUGAGGCUGCCGUUAGCCAGCCGCUCUUCAAGUUGUCCUCCCUAAGCUCCCAUUACAUCCCCAACAACGGUCCCCAGUCCUCUUACAGGGACUACAUCAGUAUGCUGCCAUCCACAGAGCACCCGGAGGUGUUCGGCCAGCACCCUAACGCUGACAUUGCCAGCCAGAUCGCAGAAUCCAGGACAUUGUUUGACACCCUACUGUCCCUGCAGCCCCGAGUCACCGGUCCCACUUCUGCAGGGGGCGGGCCGAGUAGAGAGGAGAAGGUGUUAGAGCUUUUGUCAGACGUCCAGGGGAAGAUCCCAACACUCAUUGACCUCGGGGGGACGAGGUCACUGCUCCAGGACAACCCUUCACCUCUUAACGUGGUCCUUUUACAAGAAAUCCAACGAUACAACGCACUGAUGGAAACCAUCAUCUCUUCCCUGGUGGAACUGGAGAAAGGGAUCAGAGGCUUCGUGGUGAUGUCGUCCAGUUUGGAGGAGACCUUCAACUGCAUCUAUGACGCCCGAGUGCCACCGCUGUGGGAGAAGGCGUACCCCUCACUGAAGCCCCUGGCAGCAUGGACCAGGGAUCUUUGCCAGCGAGUCAAUCAGUUUGCACGCUGGGCUGAGAUGGCCCAGCCCCCCAACUUGUUCUGGCUCUCCGGCUUCACCUUUCCUAACAGUUUCCUCACCGCCGUUCUGCAGUCGGCUGCUCGGCAGAAAAAUAUCUCAGUGGAUACGCUGUCCUGGGAGUUUAUAGUGUCGACUGUAGAUGACAACCUCCUCCUCGACCCCCCCAAGGAUGGGGUGUUUGUCCGAGGUCUGUACCUGGAGGGGGCAGGUUGGGACAAGAAGAACUCCUGCCUGGUGGAAGCAGAGCCCAUGCAGAUGGUCUGUCCCAUCCCAACGAUCAACUUCAAACCUGUGGAAAACCGCAAAAAGAUGGCCAAGAGUAUGUACCUUUGCCCGUGCUACUACCUCCCGCUUCGGUCAGGAAGGGCGGGCAGAGCGUCUUUCGUGGUCAGCGUGGAGCUGAAGUCUGGAGCUGUGACUCAGGAUCACUGGAUCAAGAGAGGAACCGCACUCCUCAUGAGCCUGGACAGCUGAGGGACUCAGACUCACACAUGGGCUCUUUCUGAACUUUUAUUGGCUGCAGAGCCAGAGGAACAACUCAGUAACAUCACUGAGCAUCUAUGUUCACUAUUUAGUUUCACUUAUCAGCUGUUUUAUUGAGCGUGAUGCAUCACUUCCUGUCUUUGGCUCACAUGAAUUUUUAAUACAGAUCUAUUUAACUGUU